UAAGCGCUGCUUGGAGCUUUGCCUCCCUUUCCCGAGAUCGGCGCCGGCGGAGGAGGUAGGAACCGAGCGUGGAGGAGGAGCCAGAGCCCCAGCCCACGCCACUCCAUCUGCGGCGCUGGGAAGAGCCACUCGGCGUCAGUCUCCUACGGUACUGCCCCUUGCUCGGAGCACGAUGCCUGGGAUCGUGCAGUGAAACCCGGAGCUUUGCGCUCCUACCCGGCAGGGUUUCCAAAUUGCUGUUAUUUCAAACCAUCACCUCAUGGGACAAGCUCAUCUACCUCACACACUUGAAGUAGGGGCUCUCCAAAGUUUGUUAGAUGGGUUCUCCGAGCAACCGCUGGAAUUGCUAGCUCUUCUUCCUUUCUCUGCCCAGCUGAGUUCUGUGCCACCCCUGCUGUACUCACCGGAGCUGCCUGAGUUGAUUAGCGGCAUGUUUGAAGCUCCGUUUCAGUUCCAAAGAGGCACAUGCACUCACAGAGAACCCAUUGUGAACAGUAAUGACUCUUUACUAAAGGACUUUUAAAGCGAGAUCUCUACUGGGAAAAAAAAAGAACUGACCCAAUUGACCAUAGAAUGGGCACCUCGAACGAAGAGAUGGUCUCAGCGGAACAGAACCUGAACCCACUCUGCUUUGAAUGUGGCCAGCAGCAUUGGACAAGAGAAAACCACUUGUACAAUUAUCAGAACGAGGUGGACGAUGAUUUGGUUUGCCAUAUUUGCCUUCAACCUUUGCUACAGCCAUUAGACACGCCUUGUGGUCACACAUUCUGCUAUAAGUGCCUACGAAACUUUUUGCAAGAGAAGGAUUUCUGUCCCUUAGACCGCAAAAGGCUCCAUUUUAAAUUCUGCAAAAAAUCGAGCAUCCUUGUUCACAAACUGCUUGACAAGCUCUUGGUGCUGUGUCCUUUUUCUUCAGUAUGCGAAGAGGUAAUGCAGAGAUGUGAUCUGGAAGCACACUUGAAGAACAGGUGUGCUGGGGCUUCCAAUCGAAGGGCUGCUUUGGAGAGACGGAUGAACAACAAAUUGCAGUCAGCCUCUGAAAGUGAAAAUGAGAACGCCAUGAUCGAUCAUCUGGACUCCCAGUCACCUGAAGCAGAGCCUGCUGGCACUGGGAUGGCAUCAGUGGAGCAGAACAUGACAUCCGCGACAGUUUCGGUGUGGACAGAUGAGUCUGGGGUUGAUAACCCUGCUUUUGAGGAGAACAUAGGAACGGAGACAAUCCAUCAGCCAUCAAGUUUACCGGAAGGUGAGAUCACCACCAUUGAAAUUCAUCGGUCCAAUCCUUAUAUUGAAUUGGGAAUUAGCAUAGUGGGUGGCAAUGAAACACCUUUGAUCAACAUUGUUAUUCAAGAAGUUUAUCGUGACGGGAUUAUUGCCAGAGAUGGAAGGCUCCUUGCUGGAGAUCAAAUACUGCAGGUGAAUAACUUUGACAUCAGUAACGUGUCUCACAACCAUGCCAGGGCUGUCCUUUCCCAGCCUUGUACAUCGCUGCAUCUCACUGUCCUCCGAGAGAGACGAUUCGUAAGCCGAACACACAAUCAUAGUGAUAGCCCUCCCCAGCGAGAGGAUAGCUUCCAUCUGACCUUACACAAGCGAGACUCCAGCGAACAGCUUGGCAUUAAGCUGGUGCGCAGAACAGAUGAGCCAGGAGUAUUUAUUCUUGACCUGCUGGAAGGGGGGCUGGCUGCUCAGGAUGGCCGACUCUGUAGCAACGACAAGGUGUUGGCGAUCAAUGGGCAUGACCUGAAGCACGGCACACCUGAACUGGCUGCUCAUAUUAUCCAGGCCAGUGGCGAGAGGGUGAACUUAACUAUUUCCAGGCCUACCAAGUCCCAAAUUGUAAGCAUUCUCAGAGACGGAGGAACCCAUCUCACCAGCCAUCAUCAAUCCUAUCAGCUAUAUCACAGCAACAGGCCAAGCCCACAUAAGGAUCUCUCACAAUGUGUGACUUGCCAAGAGAAGCAUAUCACAGUGAAGAAGGAGCCCCAUGAGUCCCUUGGCAUGACAGUAGCAGGAGGUCGAGGCAGCAAAAGUGGAGAAUUGCCAAUAUUUGUUACAAGUGUACAACCUCACGGCUGUUUGGCAAGAGAUGGCAGGAUCAAAAGAGGUGAUGUAUUGAUGAAUAUUAAUGGCAUUGAUCUGACCAAUCUGAGUCACAGCGAGGCUGUGGCUAUGCUCAAAGCCAGCGCUGCUUCCUCGGUCGUUGCCCUGAAGGCUCUAGAGGUCCAGAUUGCAGAAGAGCAGCCCCAGGCAAAUGAUGAGCAGCCAAGCACCAUCAGUGAGAAUGAAUAUGAUGCUAGCUGGUCGCCAUCUUGGGUCAUGUGGUUGGGACUUCCAAGCUGCCUACAUAGUUACCAUGACGUUGUGCUAAGAAGGAGCAAUCUAGCCAGCUGGGGAUUUAGCAUUGUUGGUGGCUAUGAGGAAAAUCACACAAACCAGCCUUUCUUCAUUAAAACAAUUGUUAUAGGAACACCAGCAUAUUUUGAUGGAAGACUCAAAUGUGGUGAUAUGAUUGUUGCUGUCAAUGGACUUUCAACCAUGGGUAUGAGCCAUUCAGCGCUGGUUCCUAUGUUAAAGGAACAGAGAAAUAAAGUAACAUUGACUGUUAUCUGCUGGCCAGGAAGUCUUGUAUAACGUGCAAAGAACAUAUACAUUGGUUGAAGCAGCUUUUUUUUUUUUAAAUAGCUGGCUCGACUUUUUCAGGCAAAGCUGUGGUUUUUUUCUCCCCUUUUCUACUAAUGCAGCUGGUAAUAAGCUGGGCCAAAAAAUUGCUACCUUCAUAUUUGACAAAUGUGUAUAAACAGGGGGUGCGUGGGAAAGGAAGAUUUUUUUUAACUAUACUGUGUUGUUCUUCCCAUCCUAAAGUAGCCAUUUCUGUCAAGUUUUGUUUAUUAUUAUUUUGUUUAUUUCCCAUCAUUAUGUCACUGCAGUAUCCAUGUGCAUAUACUUCAGUUUCUUGGUUGGCUUAAGGAGGUCAGCCUAUUCCAACAAUUGUAGUGGAGGGCAGGAUUGCACCUAGCCUGGGUGCCAACAUGCUGGCAUGUUAGCUACCUGCUAGGCUGAUCUCUGCAUUGUUAAACACAGAUGCAUAUGUAUAACCUGAAGACAGCAGGUUAACAACAAAUGACACGAAAGACCUUCUACAUAAGAGAUGGUUAUCCUGUAAGGUGCUUCCUAUUUAGGUUUUCAGCUUUGCUCACGGAAGGCACACCUGGAACCCUCUGUUUCAAUUGUUAAAAUGUGUUGCUGCGUUAAGAUUUAAUAGAUUAACGUCUACAUAUUUUUUCCUACAUUUCAGUAUUCUUCUGUUUAUAUGAGAGCCUGAGCAAUUCUUUGUGCUAUGACUGCCACAUAGAAGUUGCAGGAAGUAAUUCCAUGUAGCACAUGCUCCAUAUACUAGUCUUAACCCAUAAGAAGGCCCACUGCCCCAAGGUUACAGUUGGUUUUCUUUUAUCAAAUGCAUUGGGGGGCAGGGAGUGGUGGAAAGAAAGAAAAUGGUUGUCAGCCAUUGCCCAAGAAAAGUAUUUAUGGCAUCCUAAUUAUAAUGUACCAAUUUAUCCCUGGCUACAUGUAAUCAGCAAGCCCAUGUUUCAUGUGAAGCAUGACGGUAGCUUAUAAGAACCCCUGGUAGCAUAAAUAGUUGCCCCAAGGCUGAAACUGCAAUCAGUAUUAUUAUCUAAGGCAUGCACCGAUGCAUGACCAACCUAUGAAAGCAGCAUCAGAUGCAGAGCGGUGCUUUGCUUAUAGGCAGGUAUCUUUUGUGACAAUUCCAAAUCCUGUAAUCUGAAUAAAUUAUGAGAACUUGC